UGGGAGCUGUAUCAAGACUUGGAUGGUCCCUUGCUCUCUCCGGUAGCUUCGCAGUCCGAGUCUCCCUCGACGCUCCCUUUGGCUCGCUUCGUUCGCAGGACGACCACGUCGAGCUCUUCUGCUUGAAUCGCUCUUUUCACCAUGUCCUCCCACCCCAUUCCUUACCCCCCCGCUCUCCCCGCCGACCCAGCCUCACGGUCACGACUCCCCGGCGACGACAAGGCCCCGUUCGACGACCUCAUCGACCAAUACGCCGUCUCCUAUGCUGCCGAGCCCGUCCCCUUAGCUGGUGGGCGCGCCGACCGUGAACCCCCGCUCUACGCCCUCUCCCACCAGGUCUCCAACUACAGCGACGACUCCUUCAAGGAUGUCAAGACCCUCGAAGGCCACAGAACGGAGCGGCUAGACUGGGAGUAUCCGCCAGCCGCUGCUAAGAUCGAGCCAGUCAAGCAGGAGGAGUCCGUCAGCUGGUGGCAAGUGGCGCGGGCAAUGCUCAUCCCCGAUUCUAUCGCAUGCCGCCUAUAUCUCAUAACCGUUCUUCUGGAAACGUCAGUAGACCUUGCAAUGGAGGCAGAGCUCUUCCUGCGCCUCCGCGCUUCGACACCGAUCGGUAGCACCGACGAUCAGCAGUCAGACAAGAUGCCAGUAUAUUUGAGCAUCUUUGCCAUGGCACACGUCUUCCAAUUUGCCAUGGCCUUGGACGCCGUUAACGACCGGAACACACUGCAGUUCAUUGCCCUGACGAUCUUCAAUGCCCUAUUUCUCGUAUACGCUAUUAUCCAGAUUGGGGAAGUCGGAAGCAUUCUCGUUCAAGAAACAUCUGGGAUUUCCAUUCACACUCUUGCCUCCAUCGUGCCCGUCGUCAUCGCUGUUGCCGAACUCGCCUAUGUUGGCCUAGCAUGGAAGAUCUACACGGAAUUUGGUUGGAAAGUAUACAAAUUCCUUGGUGCGGACCGCCGGAUCAAGUCGAUGUACACUUACUACCAGAUUUUCCUGUGUCUGGUGAAGUUCGACUUGUUCUUCUGGGUGGGCUUCUCGGUCCAGUUCAUCUGGCUCGUCCUGAACAAGCACAACGCGGAAUACUACCUCACUUGCCUUGCUUUCCCUCUAUCCAUUCUUGUCCUCAUCAAUGGCCACGUUUCUGCCCGUCGCGAGAGCAAGUGGAUGAUGUAUACCUUCAUAACUGGCUGCGUUGGCGCACUGGUUUACUUCAUGUACAAGUUGAUCAAGGUUGUGAGACUGCGCGAGACAAGCACAUUUAUCGACGUCUGGCAGACGCUGACAACGUUCUCUGUCCUCGCCAUCGUCCUACUGCUUACAACAUUCGUUUUCGCGUGCAUUGUCAUGAACAACUUCGGGCGAGGAUUAGCCAACCAAAUGGCAAAGAAGCAGAUGGCACGGCGCGGCAAAUCACAAGACUUGUACCGAGGGCCUAUGAGAGAUCAUCCAAACCGGAUGAGUAUCGAAUAAGGGCAGUCUCGCCUAAACCCAAGGACUUGUAUCGAUGUCAUGUACCAUUUCACCAUAUUGCGAGUACGCUUCGCGGACAUCGUUUUCGUACUUACCAGCAUCUCACUUGCAUUACUUAGUACAGCAACAUCCAGCCAUUCCUCUACAUACAUUCUGGUGUACCGCUUCUUGAGGGUAUCACCAGCGCCUUACGCCUUGAUAUGUUGUUGCUGGUCUUCAGUCACUGAGGCGUUCCUUACCUUACACCUCGUCGUAUACUUCCUCUUGGCCGUUCUUCUCCUUCGUGGUAUAUACCUGUUACACUUGUCUCGGAGG